AUGUUCCGUAUCGUGCGAUCGACAUCGAGCGUCUUCAAGGUCUCUACUCAUUGCUACCGCCUCGAGUCAACCGGUCCGCAACGUGGCAGUCGGUUCCUGCAAAGCCUCGUGCAGUCGCGACCGCAAGUCAAUGCCGAGUCGACUGGAGGGUCUACUUCGCUGAGUUUGGCUGCACUUGCCGGCGCUGCGGCACUGAGUGUCGGGCUGGAAGCGCAGACGGAAGGCGUGACGCACGCGCGAGCAGCGAUGACUGCCGAGCCCAUGCGGCCGUCCAAGUGGCACUUGUUUGACCAGAUUGGCUCGGGGGCAUAUGGCACCGUGUGCCUUGGGAUGCACGAGGAAUCCGGCGAAGUGGCUGCUAUCAAGAAGAUGGUCGUCGAGCGGGCGAGCGAUAGUCGAUCGUACGUGGCGCUCGAGCGCGAGGUCGGGGCCCUCAAUCUCGUGAAAGCGCUCGGCGGCCACUCGAGUAUUGUCGACUUGCGUGACGUGUACGUGGACGGUCGCAAUGUGUACGUGGUCACGGAGUUAGCACGAGGAGGAGAGCUCUUUGAGCAAAUUGCGACGUUCGGGUCGUUUGCGGAAGCAAAGGCACAAGCGAUUGCGCGUGAAUUGACGAGCGCGCUGUCGUUUCUGCACCGACAUGGACUCGUGCACAAGGACGUGAAGCCCGAGAACAUUCUCUUCAGUGCCCGUGUUGUUGAUCACAAGAAGCACAGCAACAGCAGCAGCAGCAGCAGCAGCGCUUGUCGUCGACAGGAGAGCGCUAGUCUUGUCAAGCUGGUGGAUUUUGGCAGUGCUGGACCUGCAGGCGCGAUCGCGAGUGUUGAAGACAUUGGCACGAGUGCGUACUUGUCGCCUGAGGUCCUUUCUUCGGGCCUCUGCACCAGCGCGUGCGACAUGUGGGCGCUAGGCUGCGUGCUGUACAUUAUGCUGAGCGGGUCGCAUCCGUUUGAUUUGGACGGAAUGUCACCGGACCACGUGGUUGAGCACCGCAUUGAAGCAGAGCCGAUCACGUUUGCCUUCAGUGCCUGGAACAACGUCUCACCCGAUGCGAAGGACCUCGUCUCGAAGCUACUGGUCAAAGACCCAGCGAUGCGUCUCACAGCGGAUCAGAUGCUGCAACAUCCAUGGAUGACUGCCGCGACGGAAGCGAUUGCUGCUACGGAUCGUCUGCAUGUGCCUUUGCCAUUGCUGGCGGGGCAGCCGAUUCCGAUGGUUUCUGCGUGA